AUUCAGCGAGUCAUGAGCCGAGACAGUAGUUACUAGUAGCUAGUGUGGUGUAUAUGUGACAUCUCUGCAGAAUACAGUAUACAGUAAAUUAUACAGCUGUGUCCUACCGCAAUAAAGACAGUGUUGUGCACAGUGUGGGAAAACUUACUUCUAGUCUAAGCCUACAACUCCCAGUGCAAAGACAGACGUGCGAGUGUGUAAAGUACAGUAAAGUCUACUAUUCUCGCGUUCUAUUAUUUCCUAGAUAGUGUGGUGGUGAAGUCAAGUCUACAACCCGUGUGUCCAUCAAUUAUUAGCGCCAAGAAGACAGUCAGUCAGUGUGUGACGUAUCCAGUAUCCACCAGCCGUGUCCCAGAGCCCAGUGUCGCCACAAGUGUGUCUGUUGCACAAACAGAAGUUCUACUAGUCCCAGUCUAUAUACGGAUAUAAAUAUGGCGACAGCGAUGGCGGAUCAACACUCGCAGCUGGAGGGGGCAGCAUACUGUAGUAAAGAGAGGAGAGAACAAGAGAACAGGGCAAAGGGCCACGAGGAGAAGAAGGAAGAACUGCCACGUAAAAAGAUUGUGUAUGCCGAAGACUACAAUUUUCCAACAGCACAAGAUCGACUGGAGGACAAACGCCGUCUGGACCGCGAAAGAAUCAUAUGUCCCAUUCUCCCCCAAAAUGAAGAAACUAGACGCCCAAGAGAGGCUGGACCGCUUCCGUUACGCUUUCCCGAUCAUGCUGACUACAAUUCUCGUGAACAUGAUUCUCACGAAGAAGAUGCCGCUUUUCCGGAGUAUGAAGAUGAAGACGAGGAGAGAGAAGAUGUACUAAACGUAGACGCUUUCAUUGGUGCUUUCGGCGCUGCUAUUGCAGUUGUUGCUGGUGAAAACCCACAGGACGAGGAAUAUGGGGAAGAUCCAUAUGACGGUUAUGCAGCCUUUAUCGCUGCCCUAGCUAAUAUGCAGUUAAAUUCGGGGGAUGAGGGCAUAGGCCUGGAAUACAGUUAUAUGGUGGAACCGGAGUUCGAACAUGAAGAAGCAGAAGAUGGGGACGAGUCAGAUAGCGGUUGUCCUCCUCCCGAGUAUUUCGACGAUGACCUGCAGUGAGAAGCUAAACAGUACAGAAAAUGGUAGCUGAGCAGUGGGCUUGUUGUAAAGUGUGUAUAGAUUUCUUGUAACUCAAAGUGCAGGUAACAGCCAUCAAGACGGAAAAAACAGUGGUAGACUGAAAUAUUUUACAAGCAAGAGGGUAGAGAUUACUCUUGCAUGAGAAAGCUUGUGUGAGUGAGAGAGAUUAAUCUUGCAUGAGAAAGUUUGAGUGAGUGAGAGAGAGAAAGUGGAGUGUGUUCAUUUGUGCAUGGCGGGGGUGUUGAUUUGUGGGGUGUUGCUUUCAAAUAAAUUGUUCUUAUUUUA